GGAAGCAGCUUACGACAACUUCACAGUCGCAUUCACCCAGCCAUAAAGUUCAUGACUUGAUCAAAAACAAGGGUUUCUUUCAACGGUCUAGAGAAUCGCUACAAACAGUCAACAACAUCAACCACACAGCCCGCUACGGAGCCUGUACCCGGAAGGGUUCUCAGCCCCCCUCUUCGUCCGCCUCUCUUGGUCUCUUAUACGCUUCCCCAGCUCCUGCUCAAAAGUAGUCCACGAACCUCAGCGACAAUGGUAUCAGGCAAUCACAACCUCCCCCGCAGCGAUGGUGCCUCCGCCCAGCAAGGAAGCAAGAUGCCAGACCUACCCCACCGCGAGUCCCAGCGCCAGACCAUCCCCAUCGAAGAGGAAGAGGAUCUACCUCCCGCCUACGAGGAGGGUUCACGAAGGAACACACGAGCGGCGUCUGCUGCGAACAACAGUCCUCACAGGCCUACACCGGAUGCCUAUCGCCCUGCAGUAACCGCAGCCAUGACCGCAGCCGCCGCGACGCCAGCUAGACCCAGCGACGACGAUCCCGACGGCUACCCCAAAACCGACCCCAUGCACUGGGACCUCAAAGAGCGUCGCGGAGACUGGACCAGCCACGACCACGAGCCCGGGUGCCUCUGCUCUAACUCCGGAGGACUGCUAUGUUCCACGCGAGGAGGCGUCAUGUGCAGUGAUCGGGGGGGAUUCUUCUGCAGUGACAGGGACGGGAUGUUUUUCAGCGAUAGGGGUGGGCUUUGGUGCAGUGACUUGGGGGCGACGUUUUUUAGCUCGGGAGGCGGGGAGGCUAAUAGGAAGAGGGGGAGGAGAGUUGUAGGAUGACUUGAAGGGUAGAAAGGGGACGGGUGGAAAGACUACGAGGAAAGGGGGGGUUUCUUGGAAGCUGUUGUGAUACCAUGAACGAGACGGGCAUAGGAGGCGGCGAUGAGGUUCACUCUAUCUGAGUACGAUUUAAUGGUGAUGAUAUGCGCAUCUUCUUAACGUGCCCACGAGUAGAUCCAAUCCACGGUUACGAACUGGCAUGAACGUCUGACCGGC